CUGACGCUGUUGAAGACGCGCCAAGAGAAAGAAGCGCAUCGUCCACCCACACUGAUGCGCGCUCUCUUCUCCCGAGCUGUACUGGGCUAAAGUUGUCUUUCCUCUCCUUCCCGUCGAUUUGGGUCUUACACACCCCCACUCCUCCCCUUUCUCUUCCCGAGGGGAGGCACAUUGUCUGUGGCGCAGUGUCCGAUUUCAAGCCACGCCGUGCGGUGCGCACUCCUGCGUGGGUCAGAAAUAGAAGCAAGUGGUCCGGGAGGAGGUUCUGCUCAGAGACACUUUUGGCUUAAGCUUAGCUGUCCCGGGCUCCGACGCCGAACAAACUGAGGAUAUAUGCAGAUUGAUCCUUCUUGUUUUUCACUGCUUUUCUCCACGGACAAGACACGCUGCGUGGAUCUCAACUAAAUGACUGCGAGUUGACCACCUCACCAGGUUUCAAAGCUCACUGAAGACGGAUCCUCAACAAAUUCUCUUCACUCUGUCACUACUUUGCACCAGCUUUCUUUCCCCAUCAAAGGAUAUAUUUUUGCAGCUUUAUCUCUCUGAAUUCGAGGUGAUAGCUGGAAUUAGUUUGCUUGAGUGUGUCUCUCUCCGAUGCGCUUGGCCCCUGAGGCCUGAGGAGAAGCGAGCCUAGCCCGGGCCCCUCAUGGGACGCUCUGUUAGCGAGCAUGCACUGCUGCUACUGCAGUGCAUGCUGCUGCUGCGGCUCGGAGGCGUAGCCGGUAGGAGAGGGCCGGUGCUGCUCCCUGAGUCGCCGUGUCACAAGACAGAGCACCCCAUCAUCCCCCAUUCGGGAAUGGAGCCAUGGAUUUUCCGGUUCAAAGCAGAGGGCACAGUGGAUUACUCCCAGCUGACCUUUGAUCCCAGCCAAAAUGAACUGAUUGUGGGUGCCAGAAAUCACCUCUUUAGACUCAAUCUUGAGGACCUAACACUAAUCCAGGAGGCCGAGUGGCACUGUGAUGAGUUCACAAAGGGAGCUUGCUUCAGCCGAGGGAAAUCCGAGGAGGAGUGCCAGAACUACAUUAGGGUGCUGCUGGUCAAUGGAAACAGACUGUUUACCUGUGGGACUAAUGCCUUCACUCCCAUCUGCACCAACCGAACGCUGACCAAUUUGACCGAGAUCCACGAUCAGAUUAGCGGAAUGGCUCGGUGUCCUUACAAUCCCCUCCACAACUCCACUGCACUCAUCACCUCCAGCGGCGAGCUCUACGCAGCCACGGCCAUGGAUUUCUCCGGGCGAGACCCAGCUAUCUACCGCAGCCUGGGCGGCCUGCCACCACUUCGCACUGCCCAGUACAACUCCAAGUGGCUUAAUGAACCAAAUUUUGUGUCAUCCUACGAUAUCGGAAACUUCACUUAUUUCUUCUUUCGGGAGUACGCGGUGGAGCACGACUGCGGUCGCACGGUCUUCUCCCGGGCUGGGCGCGUGUGUAAGAACGAUAUCGGCGGACGCUUUCUCCUGGAGGAUACUUGGACGACCUUCAUGAAGGCCCGGCUCAACUGUUCCCGGCCAGGAGAAAUUCCCUUUAACUACAACGAGCUGCAGGGCACCUUCUACUUGCCUGAGCUGGAGCUGCUCUAUGGGAUCUUUACUACCAAUGUAAAUAGCAUUGCUGCAUCUGCUGUGUGUGCCUUCAAUCUUAGUGCCAUAUCACAGGUAUUCAACGGACCCUUCAAGUACCAGGAGAACUCACGUUCAGCAUGGCUACCCUUUCCUAACCCCAAUCCUGACUUUCAGUGCGGCACCAUCGACUCGGGCUCCUAUGUGAACCUAACAGAGAGAAACUUGCAAGACGCCCAGAAGUUUUUGUUAAUGCACGAAGUGGUCCAACCUGUGGUUCCCGUUCCCUACUUCAUGGAGGACAACGUUCGCUUCAGCCAUGUGGCAGUAGAUGUGGUGCAGGGCAAAGACAUGCUCUUUCAUAUCAUCUAUUUAGCCACUGAUUACGGCACUAUCCGAAAAGUGCUCUCCCCUCUGAAUCAGUCCACGGGAAACUGCUUAUUGGAAGAGAUUGAGUUGUUCCCAACCAGGAAGAGGCAGCCCAUCCGCAGUCUCCUGAUCCUGCACAGCCGAAGCGAGCUCUACGUGGGCGUACGAGACCAGGUCAUCAAGAUCCCCCUGAAGAGGUGCAGCUACCACAAAAGCAGAGAAGCCUGUGUUGGUGCUAGAGACCCUUACUGUGGUUGGGACCUGCUCUUGAAGAAGUGCACCACCCUAGAAGAAAGCGCCAGAAUGAGCGAAUGGGAGCAGAGUAUUACAAAGUGCCCUGUCCGUAAUGUGACAGUUGAUGGAGGUUUUGGUGCUUGGUCAGCGUGGUCCGCUUGCAGCCACAACGACGGUGGCAGCGCGGGGUCCUGCUUAUGUCGGACACGGGCGUGUGAUAACCCCGCCCCUCAGUGUGGUGGUCAGAAGUGUCAUGGGAUCAGCGUGGAAGUCGCCAACUGCUCCAGAAACGGAGCUUGGACUCCCUGGACUUCUUGGUCUCCCUGCAGCACCAGCUGUGGAAUAGGCUUCCAGGUUCGUCAGCGCUCCUGCAGCAACCCGACUCCUCGUCACGGCGGCAGAGUGUGCGUGGGUCAGAACCGCGAGGAAAGGUAUUGUAAUGAACACUUACCUUGCCCUCCUCACGUCUACUGGUCAGCCUGGUCGGCAUGGGAACGCUGCAACGUGCCCUGUGGCGGCGGCAUCCAAUCCCGGCGGAGAACUUGUGAGAACGGCAACGACUGUCCCGGGUGUGGUCAGGAGUACCAGCCAUGCAAUUCCCAGCCUUGUCCUGACCUGAAGAAAACCACACCUUGGACCCCGUGGACUCCGGUUAACAUUUCUGACAACGGGGGCCACUACGAGCAGCGUUUCCGUUACACGUGCAAAGCUCGCAUCCCGGAUGCCAGUUUGCUGGAGGUAGGCAGGCAGAGGAUUGAGAUGCGCUACUGCUCCAGUGACGGCUCGACCGGCUGCUCCACUGAUGGUGAGGUUCUUCAUCUAGGGAAGAUCUCUGGACGCACCGUGAACGGCGGUUGGUCCUCGUGGUCUUCUUGGACCCAGUGCAGUAGAGACUGCAGCCGCGGCAUCCGCAGUAGGAGAAGAGCUUGCAGCAACCCUGAGCCAAAGUAUGGAGGUCAGACUUGCCAGGGGGCUGCACAGGAGUACCAGGAGUGCAAUACCACCCCUUGUCCUGUGGAUGGAAGUUGGUCUUGCUGGGCUUCUUGGUCCAAGUGCUCCGUAACAUGUGGAGGAGGGCAUUAUAUGAGGACUCGAACUUGCAACAAUCCCUCGCCCGCUCACGGAGGCGACAUCUGCCUCGGCCUGCACACUGAGGAAGCACUAUGCAACACCCAAGCCUGUCCAGAGAGUUGGUCCAGCUGGUCCCUGUGGUCCCAGUGUGACUCUAGGGGGGCGCAGUUGCGUGUCCGUCAUUGCGAUGUCCUGUUUCCCACUGGAAAUCAGUGCUCAGGAAACAGCAGCGAGACCAGGCCGUGCUCUCCCGACUCAAAUCUUAUACCAGAAGUCUCCAUUGCACGCUCCAGCCAGGAGGAGAGACGGUGUGGAGACUUCAACCUCUUUCACAUGAUUGCCGUGGGGCUCAGCAGCUCCAUCCUGGGAUGUCUGGUCACCCUACUGGUGUACUCGUACUGCCACCACUACCAGCAGCAGUCGCACGACGCCACCGUCAUUCACCCUAUCUCGGCCGCGCCGCUCAACACCAGCAUCACCAACCACAUCAACAAACUGGACAAAUAUGACACCGUGGAGGCCAUUAAGGUUGCCGGCAGCUGUUUUUUUCCAGUUCAUCCUCCCAUAUAUUCAGACCCCUACCCACCUUCCAUCCGAGCAUCACAAAGGACUCACACUCCCUUCUGCUCCUCUUCACAGCUUGCCUUCAACAAAAACAAUCUGAUUCUGGAAGAACGACAAAAAUACUUCAACCCACAACUCACCGGGAAGACCUACACCAACGCAUACUUCACCGACCUCAACACCUACGAUGACUAUUAAACGGGAAGAUGCCAAAUUCCUGCCCUCCCAACCUGACUGGAUGGUUUUUGUGUCGUGUAUUGAAAUUUGUGAAACUAUCGGGCUGCUCCCGUCCACCUUGAGACUCUGGCAGCGAAAACACAAAAGCGUCGUCACGCCAACCGAGGGAGCGGCCCCCUCUCAGGUGCCUUGCGGUACGCGACGAAACGGACGACUACUUUAACUGUCCUGUGACUCCAUACAAACUCCAAAUCUGCUUUGCAUGACACAUCGGACGUUUUUCAGUUUGCAUGACAUCAUUCCAUUUAUUGUUUCUUUUCAAGACGAUUCGUAAAAAGUCACGUUGUAGAUAUUUGAAGAGUACAAUUUUGUUUCGUAAUGUUUUUUUUUCUUUUAAGUUCAUUUCACGUGUUUAAAAAAAAAAAAAAAGAAUUGUUUUCUUUGUGUAUUCUGAAAAGUAAAUGGCAGUAUUGACAUCAAUCAACCUGCGUUAAUCCAGUAACGGUACUUUUUGUAUUUUUUGUAAAAAAGGAAAAGAAAAAAAACGAAAAAUGUUAACGGUGUUUUGCUUUUUUUUUUUUUUGGUCUUUGUAUUUGUGCGAGCAGAAUGUUAACUGUACAGAUGCAGUAUAUUUGCUAACUGGAGAGCUACACACGUAUACUGCGAGAUGAAGUUCAGUCAUCGAGAAAAGACUUUCAAAUUCAUAACUCGUUUUGUUUUUUUGGGGUUGUUCAGUUGCAACUAACUCUUUCUACUUGUCUGCUUGUGUUCCUGUGCAUAAUUAAAAGCUGCU